AUGAAUUAGUAAAGUUUCGUUUAAGUAAAUUAAGAACAUGAUUAAAUUAAAAAAAGAGUCAAUUCACUUAAAUUUUAAUUAAGAGAUAUAGAUUAGAAAAAUUUCAUAUUGAAUAGCAAAUUAAAAGAUCUUAGAUAAUUAUCACCAAAUGGUAAUAAAUCACCUGUUGCUUAAUUAUAAGAAUAAUUAGGUUUGGAUAGAAAAUUUAUUAUUGAGUAAUUUAAGCCAAUCAUUGAGAAAGAAGGAAUUUAUGUAAGAAAUGAGAGAUUAAAAACAGAAUCAUAUUUACAGUAAUCAAAAAAUAUAGAAAUUUAACAGAAAAAAAAGAAAGUGAGAUAAAUUGAAGUUUAUGAUUCAGAAAUAAUAAAAAGGAAGGCUGAGUUCUAUGAAAAAAAAAUUAAUGAAGUUCGAUAACGAUAAUUGUAAGAAAUGGAAAUGAAUAAAUUGAUAGUUAAUAAGAAAUUGAUAGAAAUAAAUAAUUUAAAGAAAUAAGAAUAAUUAUUAUUAGGAGAAAUCACACUGUAUUAUAUAUAGAGAUUAAUUUAGGGCAAAAAAAAAAGAAUAAUCGUUGAAUAAUAAAUUUUCUAAUGUAGUACUUUCAUCUGAAAAUAGUAUAAUGUUACCAACAAUUUAGAAAACUAAUAGUAGAAUGAGUUAAUAAUCUAAUUCUAAAAAUAGACAACUGUUAGGUAGUCAUUCUGUUCAAAGAUCUGAUAAACUGUAAGAUAGAUUUUUAAAAAGUGAUACAAAACAGAAUUAUAAUUCUUUUGUAAAUAAUAAUGAGGAUAGAAGAUUAAAGAAUGAAUAAAGAAGAAAUUCUUAAUCAAUAGAUUAAUUGAAUAUUGGUUGUUAGACAAGUUUUCUUAUGACAGAUAAAAAUUAAGAUAGUAUUCAAUAUUCAUAAAAUUUUGAUUCAUAUUGUAGUAACAAUUAAGAUUAAUCUUUUGAGAUAACUUAAAAAAAAAAGUUAAAAUGUCAAUUUAAAAAAUGA